UUCUGUAAACUGAUGAUUCUCUUCCUCGACGGUCCCUUGGAUAUUGACAACCAGAGAGUCGACUGUAUAACAAAAUUGUUUUUUUUUUUUUUUUGAGACCUGUAACGAGUUGUUAAGAUUGUCUUAGAAGUUAGUACAUAGACUCUCCACAAGUCUCCACCACCAAAUUGCUCUUAAAAUUGUUAAAUUUUUUCCAGUACUAAACCUAUCAGUUUUAGAAAGUUUCUUGUUAAUGUUAAGAGCUAUUUGGUUGUGGAGACUUGUGGAGAAUUAAUGUACUAAAAACCGUUCAUUGGUUCAUGGCCUAUCUACAAUCACUUAACUUAGAAAAUCUAAGUAUACGUAAAUUUGAAAGUUUAGUACUUGACUACGUACAUUACUUAGGUUAUCCACAAUGAACACAGAAAGUCUACGUUUGUUUAUUCUGUUGCUAUGCGUUGUUAUGCGUUGCUAUGCUUUAGUUUGUUUAUCAAUUAUCAAUAUUCAAACUUCAAAAUGGACUCGGAAUUAGAAACCGUUUUAGUGCUCCUUUCCGCCGCUGUCGCUGCCGCUGUGGCCGCUGGCCAGAUUUUCCGACCGUCGCGAACGAGGCGCUGGUGGGUUCGACCUGCGAAUCAGUCACGGGGAGAAGCUGGUCUAUUUGAUCAGCAGUACCAGAUUCUCCGCCAGCGGGACCCGGAGUAUUUUGAAAAAACAAUCCGGAUGGAGUUAAACACUUUCGACCUGCUGCUGGCCAAAGUUGAGGACAAGUUGAAGAAGUAUUCCCAGCGGAAGUCAAUCGAACCGGCAUGUCGCUUGUUUCUCACCCUGCACUACUUGGCACACGGGGAUUCAAUCUACACGCUAUCAAGAACUUAUCGGCUUGGAGAAUCCACUGUCCACCGAAUAGUGCGUGAGGUGACUAAGGUGUUGUGGUCGGAACUUUCAGCCGAGUUUAUGCCCAUCCCAGGAGAACAAGAGUGGCGGCUUUUCAGUGAACAAUUUUUCGAGAGGUGGAACCUUCCAAACUGUUGUGCAGCUGUAGAUGGCAAGCACGUGGCCAUCCAGUGUCCCAGAAAUGCCGGCUCGCAGUAUUUUAAUUACAAAAAGUUUCAUUCAAUCAAUCUCAUGGCGAUGUGUGAUGCCGACUACAAUUUUGUGGCGGUGGAUGUAGGAGCGUACGGCGGCAACAGUGAUGGCAGCGUAUUUGCCAAUUCGGCUUUUGGUCUUAAAUUGCUGACAAACCAGCUGAAUCUCCCUGCUGACAAGCCGCUUCCAAAUUCUGCUACUGUAGUGCCGCACUUCAUCGUUGGAGACGCCGCCUUCCCCCUUAAGGAUAAUCUAAUGAGACCCUAUCCUGGAAAGAACCUUCCGCCGGCCAAAGAUCGCUUUAAUUACCGUUUGUCCCGAGCGCGGCGGGUCAUCGAAAAUGCCUUCGGGAUUCUCGUCGCUCGCUGGAGGAUACUUUUAAACGUUUUAUUUAUGGAACCGGAUUCUGCGGAAUAUGUUGUGCUAGCGUGCGUAAUUCUUCACAACUUUAUGAAAAAACACAGUCCAGCCUACUGUCCACCGAACUUUGUUGACCGUGAAGGCGCGUCGGGAUUCAUUCCUGGCGCUUGGAGAGAAAGCACAUUGCCCUUGCCAAGCAUUAACGCGGCUCAAAUUUGCAACGGAAAUAAUUCCCGUCAGUCUGCUUACCGUAUACGCGACAUACUUGCUGAAUACUUACUGCAAAACCCAUUGUAAUUUCUUGUUCGGUAAUAUUUUAAUUAUUAAAUAAAUGUUUGAAGUUAUCAAUUCAGUCUGUGUAUUCAAUCUUUACAAAUCACAAAAAAGUACAACUCAAUGAGUGGUAACGUAAUCACACGACGAACCCCUAGGAGAGUUCGUCCAGCAACGUAUUCACCUUCGCUAAAAACUCCACCUCCAGUCCACGUGCGAUUUCAAGUGGUAACAGAUUCAUUCUGUCUGCCAAAAGGGAACCGAAAGAAGCGUGACGAUUCGAAUGGCGAUUUCCUAUGUUGUCCAACUGGUUCUCAACUUUGCUCAUUAUUGAACCCAGCUGGCCAUUCAGGGCCGCUUGCUCUGCAGCCUUCCUCUUCCUUUUUGGCACGUGCACAUCGUGGGACAAAGAUUGAGCUGGCUCAGUGGCUAGCUCAGGUGCAUCUUGAGUAUCCUGUGUAUAUUCCUGGAGGUCUAGGUAUUCUUCUCCUUCGUCUUCUUCUCCAAGAACGACCUCGACCGACUCCUCGACCAAUUCCUCGACCGCCUCCUCUUCCGCAACAUCGGGCUCCUCAAAAUUGCCUCUCGUCCUGAAAACCAGAAAAUAUAUUGUUAUAUCCUUUAAAAUUAUCUGUUAAAAGUUUUUGAUACGUCUAUCCAGCAUUUCUAGUUUAUGUUAAAAUAUUUUUGUUCAAUAAUUGUGUACAUUUUACACGUUUCUUCACAAACUAAUUUCACGUGUAAGAAAAUUUGCAAUUUGAUUUAAAAAUCAGUAGAACCGUUCAAGAGUGUACAAUGUAAACAACGCAAGAAGCUGCGUUAAAUCUAACCUACAUUUUUUUACGUCUGAACUGAUCUCCUUUUCGAUUUAUUCUAAGUAGCAUUUUUGAAGCAUUUUCAUCGCGUUUAGGAGAAAAUUAGGGAGAUUUUAAACAACAGAAAAAAGUAAACAUCUCUACUACAUGUUUUAUGGUUGAAACUGGUCGUGAAUCGUCAAGAUUAGCGAUUCUUCGGAGGUUGGAAAAUCGAGGGUUGAGUUCACCAAAAAAACGUUUUUCUUACUUCCUCAGUUUGACGUGCUCGUCCAGGAAUUGCAACUCAUUGAAAUAUUCCCACUGCGGCUGCGUCGAGGCACCGGCGCCGGAUCUGGAAGCGAUAACCUGUCCGCGGUAGCAGCGCACGUACUUCUCCCGGAUCGCCGUCCACUUUUUCUGUACGAGGCACACUGUUGAUAAAAUAGAAAAAAAAAUGAGGCAAAUCGAUAUCAUUUUAAAAAUUUACUUACCAUCUUUUCCCAGCUGGUUGGCCACUUCCACCCACAUAUUGGCUUUGGACAAUUGUUUCCUAAAGCCCUGAAGGUGUUUGCCGUAAAGCAAAGGAUACUGCCUCACCAAAUUAAUCAAUUUGUCCACAUCAUUCCUGGACCAGUUCGCCAUUUUCACGCACAACACUUGACAGCUUUGUUUUUUUUAUAACAAGGCAUGCUGUGAUCGGUGCUACUUUACGUAGACUUUCAAAUAUUUUGAAAUUUAGUACAUCCGCUGUGUUUUUAGUACAAGACCGGUGUAUCCAAACUUAGCCAUUGUAGAAACUCAGAUUCAUUUCCAUUGAUUCAAAUUCCUAAGCUAAGUGAAAUUUUCUAAGUUAAGUGAUUGUAGAUAGGCCAUCAAUGGUUUGUCAAGGCCCAAAUCUGACCGUUUUGGACGGUCGAUAUGUGUUCGCACAAACAGGAUCACACACACACACACACAAAACGAUCGCCUGAAUGGUACGUCAUAACCAGCAGAAGCUAGGCUAGGCCGGCAGCCAGUUGAGCUCAUGCAUCAUCAACAGUGCACCGUAGUUAUUAAAUAGAUGAUGUACCGCCCCCCCCCCCCCUACACUAAC